CCAGGGAAGACCUUUCACACGGUAGAAAAAGGAAAGAAAGAUGGCCACUGUGUAUUCGAUGAAUUUAAAAAUGGGGUUGCAGUCAAGGUAGUGGAAUAAACCAGUCGAGUGAGGCAAUGACCGCAACGCAGGUCAUGGAUUACGUAUGAACUUGUAUUAUACUCAAUGGAGGUGAUUGACAUGGGUCCUUGUUAAAAGUGAUAGUAAUAUCUAGCGAUAUUAUCCUCUAAACGGGAAAAAUCGGCGGCAAUUGUAAAAGGCAGGAAUCUGGUACAAAAAGGGCGACGACGCGGGAAACAGUUGAUCGCCGGGUGCCGCCGAGUCGUAGAGGUUAUGGAUAACUUCGUUAAAAUUGAAAAAAUCGGCGAAGGGACUUAUGGCGUUGUUUACAAGGCGAAGGAUAAGCUCACUGGGAAAAUGGUGGCGCUUAAGAAAAUACGACUAGAAACGGAGAGUGAAGGUGUACCAUCCACUGCAAUCCGAGAGAUAUCCCUGUUGAAGGAGCUUGCACAUCCAAACAUCAUACAAUUAUUUGAUGUUGCACAAUGUGAUAAACAUCUCUACCUCGUUUUUGAAUUCUUACAACAAGAUCUCAAAAAGUUUUUAGACUCUUGUAAAACUGGUCUAGAUUCUGCCCUUAUUAAGAGUUAUCUGUGGCAAUUGUUGAGAGGAAUCGCAUUCUGUCAUCUUCAUAGAGUCUUUCACAGAGACCUAAAGCCACAAAAUUUAUUGAUUGACCAUGAGGGCUAUAUAAAAUUAGCAGACUUUGGCUUGGCACGUUCAUUUGGAAUUCCUGUACGUACAUACACACAUGAGGUUGUGACAUUGUGGUAUAGAGCUCCAGAGAUACUCUUAGGAACCAAAUUAUAUUCCUCAUCAGUGGAUGUGUGGAGUCUUGGUUGUAUCUUUGUGGAAAUGGCAACAAGGAGAGCCCUUUUCCCUGGAGAUGCAGAAAUAGAUCAACUCUUCAGGAUAUUUCGAACUCUGGGAACUCCAGAUGAGACUGUGUGGCCUGGUGUAUCGCAACUUCCUGAUUACAAAUCCAUGUUCCCCAGAUGGGAUGCACGAAGUCUCGACGAAGUUGUUCCAUCCUUUGACUCUAAGGCCAAAGAUUUACUUACGAGAUUGUUGACCUAUGAUCCGAACAAAAGGAUAACAGCUUUGAUGGCUCUGAACCAUCCUUACUUCAAUGGUGUGAAGUUAGUACCACCACCAUUACCAAAGAAAGACUGACCUUAGUACUCUGUUAGAGUUCGUUUAUUCAUUAUACUUCAUAGUACUUUUCAUCUGCUAAAAGCAGUACCUCUAGAGCUUAGAAAGUCUACUGAAAAAUAUCUCAGUUGACAUGAUUCUAAUUAUUAAGAAAUAAUAAUAACUAUUUUUGAUGCAUUCAUAUUUGCUCUGGACAAUAUUAGUAGUGUUCAGGGCUCAUAAAAAAGAGAGAGCUAAUUGUAUAGUUGAGCAAGGACAAAGUCUCUAAGCCGACUGUAAAGACGUGUUCCUCUAGCGAUCCCAUUUAUUUUUAUAUAACUUCCAUUGUCGUGCAACAGGUACCGUGCGAUUAUCAAUAAAACUAAUAUGACUUUAACUAAAUUGUAAUUUAACAAAGUUUGUUCGAGAUAAUAAUAAACGCUGUUGCUGAAUA